AUGGAUAUUUAUGAUGAAAUAGAGAUUGAAGAUUUCACCUUUGAUCCAGAAUUAAAGAUAUUCCAACAUCCAUGUCCAUGUGGGGAUAGGUUUGCCAUAACUUUGGAUGACUUGGUUGAUGGUGAAGAUAUCGCUGUAUGUCCAAGUUGUAGUUUGAUGGUAAAAGUAAUAUUUGAACCUGAAGAUUUGGAGGAGUUCCUAGAGGAUUAG